AUGGCUUCCGACACCAGUCCACCCAACUCCCAAACUCACGAGCCGGAGGCACCUAAACCUGCCAAAGAGAUAUUUCGGGUACCAUUCUGGACGAGGAGGCUGCUUUCAAAUAAGGACGAGGACCACGAGAUUGCCUACAGCCUUCAAGUCAAAGGGGCCACUGAGGGAGGUAUCCGAUGGGCGAUAUAUAGUACAAUCCUCUGCGGAGUCGGCCAUCUGUAUUGGCCCUUCUUCCGGAAACAGACCUUGGCAUUUAAAGGUUUCCUAAUAUCCUCUGCAACGAUGAGUGGAAUGGUCAUUUGGGCAGAUUACUAUUUACUCAGACACGAAAAGAAAAUCAGAAGAGCGGAUGACAUGAUGCGUCGACAAGCCAGAAAAGAACUGGGCGAACGAGGGAUUAUUGCCACUGAGACAGAGUUGAACAAAUGGAAACAAGAACAACUGGCCAGUAUCAGAAACCAAACCUCUGGUACUAGUCCGUAA